AUGGAUUCGUCAGAGGAAGAUGUGCUUGAAGAGCUGGAGGUUGAAACGCUGGGUGCAGAAGAUUUUGAAUUGUUGAAGUUAUUGAAAUCAUUUGGUUUGAGCGAAGCAGUAAUCGUUGUAAUUAUUUCAGCGAAUCGAUACACAGUUGAUAUCCUGAAAAUCAUUGAGCGGAAGGAAGUGGAGGAUCUUAUUCAGCAGCCAUUUUUAGCGGAAAGGACAAAGUGCAUUCAUGCGUUGAAUUCAUGGAGAAAAAGCCUGAAUCUUCCACCGUUAGCUGAAUCAACAUCUUCUAUUUUUUCACUUGCGCCGCUUGCGCUUCAGCAGUCAGAUGUAACGAGAGCUAACUGUACAGCAACUUAUUUGAUACAAACAUCCGCAAGAGGCCAAGCAAUCCUGAAAAAAUAUGAUACAAAUAAACAUCUUACAAGAUCUGACAAGCGCAUCAUAACCCAAAUCGUGGUCGACGAGUUUAAGGAUCGUUUUUCCAAAUUGACUCCCGACGAAUUGCAAAGUAGAGCAGUUGAGCUGCGUUCACUAUUUCCGAGUGAACCACAGGAAAGUUGGUAUCAACCUACAUGGACGACGGAUAGCUCUGGUCGGAAAUUAAAAUUAAGACGACAAGCCAAAGGAACGUUACGUGACCGCAACAUCAACUACCGAGAAGCGAGAGAACCGGAGAGUACUGCACACAAGAUAUCUAUCGUUAAAGUAUCAGAAAAUCUUGGCUCUACGAACGACAUUACCCAGAAUGACUUAACAGAAUAUCAACGAACCAAAAAAUGGAUUACCCACAAUCAGGAUGACUGGGACGAAGUGCGAAGUAAGUGGAAGCAAACAACAACACAAAGAAUAUUUGAAUUGUCUCAGAACGAAACUCGAAACGCUGCUUCCCUUCUGGCUGAGUAUCCUGUUUUAAGACACCACCAGGCCUAUCAAUUGAUUCAAAUCGAUUUUCAACAACGGUUCCCGGAAAAGGAAAAACUCCUUUUCGAUCGUUGGGAAUUAUUUGUCAGCGAGGUUUAUCCAAUUUUGGAACUGGAGAUAACGGAUACCGUCGGAAAGAGUUUACUAAAUUUACUAAAAACAGCCGACAUUUCAAAUGGUAAGUUAAAGUGUAACUGGAAAUUGUAA